AUGGAAGGGAAAUCGCAGUUGACAAAUCUACAGUGUUGCAAGAUACCAAAGAACAUUGGCAGUUGCAGUCUCAGCGAUAUGGGCCUCUCUGAACCUGUUUCAAUCCUGCGUCGAGGCAGAAGGAAGACGAGACUACUGGCAUCUAUGGGACUGCAGUUGAGAGACAUCCAGGUGCUGUGUCUGGUACUGAUGCUUGUGGCUGAACCGUUUCUUCGCUGUGCUGCUGCUGCGGCUGGUGGCGUGGUCCCCCGAACGAGAAUGGCCACGCCUGCAGCCGACGACGAUCCCUCGGUGACACUCACGAACUGCUUUCCCAGCGUAAUACUCAGUCCUUCCAACAUCCCAUACACCUGUGAAGUUAACAAUGACCAACCACUGAUUGGCUUGAACCUCUCCGCCUCGUACUACACCCCAAUAGGUCUCAUUACUGGGUGGCCGGCGACUCUUGUCGAGGGAACCAAUACCAUUACAUUCAUGCCUAUUUUUGGGGCACCUUCAGGACGUUGGGGCUUGGUCAUAACACGUAUUUCGGUUGGUGGAAACUCUUACGUUCCUCUGUCGACCAAUAAGAGCAUGGAAUUCAUGAUNACCUCUCCGCCUCGUACUACAACCCAGCAGGUCUCAAUCCUGGCUGGCCGGCGACUCUUGUCGAGGGAACCAAUACCAUUACAUUCGUGCCUGAUCGUGGGGCACCUUCAGGACGUUGGGA